UAGAUUCAAGCAACGAAGAUACAGACGAAGUUGAUGGAAGAAGAGAUGGAUAUUUGAAUGUUAAGAUAUCUGAACUUUUUGGUUUGAUCUUCUUAGCCCUUUUGAGAAAGAAAUAUUAUGAUGGCGCCAAGCAACUUAUAGAGACAGGCUGUGUUCGUAUUCCCCAUCUUUUGGUUGGGUGUGUAAUUCUUCAAGACACAGCAGAUAAUUGGCAAACCAGUCAACUUGAAAAGGACAAACUGUUAAGAAUGAAAACUUUGUGCACCCAGCAGGCCUUGCGAAUUACAAGUUGUAUUCAUGAGGCGGAUACCAAACAUGACAAGAAAAAGGCUAGAAAUGAUGAGAGGGAUGCAGAAGUGCCUGGACAUCAAAUUAACCACGCUGGAAGACUUUUACUAAAUCAUGGAUACUUGUCAGAUGCAAUAAAGACACAAAAUAGCGUGUACUUAAAUGAUGAGAUAGUCAAGAAUGUCAUUAACAAGAUGUGGUACAAUAGCGAAAGUAUCUCUUUUCGAAGAGGUUUACUUUUUCUGUUCCUCACCCUGUUUCAUUUUGUGUUGUUGCCAGUGUUGAUGAUCACGAUGGAAAACAGGCCUUUGCAGUGGUUAUACAGACAAUACAAAAUCCCUGCUAUGAAGGUUCUACUUAAUGCUUUUGGCUGGUUGACUGUUUUAACAGCAUUUACCUACAUGUUACUAUUUGGUUUUACCGACGGAAUCACAACAUGUGAUUGGUUUUUGAUUGGAUGGAUGGCAAGUUUUUUCCUUGACGAAUCAAAACAGAUUGCUAUCUCAUUACGACGAAAAAGAUUUAAGGAAUAUGUGAAUGACUGGUGGAAUCGAUUGGACUGGAUGUCAAUGGGAGCAUAUCUUGGCGGAAUGCUGCUUAAACUUGGCGAAGGGGAAGUAUUUCGUACCGCAUCAAAGACAUUUUUUGUUUUGACAUUUAUCCUGAUGUGUAUCAGAUCUCUUAACAUGCUGAUGAUAUCGGAAAUAAUUGGAGCCAAGCUUGUGAUGAUUAAGAAAAUGUUCAUGGACACAUUUGCUUUCUUGACAAUUAUGACGGUGGUAAGUGGUUGCUACAGCGUGUCUUACUACGCCAUUCUUUUUACGGACAACUCUGAUUUGAACUUUACCGAAGUUGAAAGAAUUAUCCGGAAUGGGUUUUGGAUUUUAUUUGGGGAGUUGUCCCUUGAAUAUGAUAGAUCCACACAUUUGAGAAGGUUCAUGAAAAAAGCAAGUUUUAUUGGUCGCAACUGCAAACAGAUUUUCUGGAAGAAUACAGUGUGAAGAGCAUUUUCCCAGUUCACUUCCAACUUGUAGCUUUAUCCGUUUGUUUG